AUGUCGGCGACCCAGGUGACGGCGGGCGGGAUUGCACUGAGCUAUGGCUACUUCAAGUUUACGCCGUACAGGCACCCCGCCGCUCGUUGGUCGACUAGACAUACUCACCUGGAAGGAAGCCAUCGAGCCCAGCUGAUCAGCUUUGCUCGAGGCACCGUGGCGAUGCCGGAGGACCCCAACCUGCGAGCGGAGUUUCGCGCCAUUCAGUUGUUAACCUUCAGACUCAUCUCGCGGUGCUGCUCGCCAGGCGUGCAGAUCGCCUUGAAGUGGUGCCGAGAGUACCUCGACACCGGCCACCGGGCGUGGCACUUCAUCGAGUCGACGUACCAGGCAAACUACGUCGCCCCGGCGAAGCAGGGUGGCCGACCGGGACAACGUGGGCAGUCUCGCGGCGGCGGAAGCAGCGGGUGGAAGUCGGCGAAGGACGCAGACACGAAGAAGUCGGCCAAAGACAGCGGUCGAGGAGGAGUAAAUCGGCGUCGGGAGUGCUGCAUCUGCCAUAGCCCCGACCACCUCUCCUUCGAGUGUCCCGACCGCGGUGACUUCAACGACGACGACACCAAGGGAGGCCGAGGGAGGUCUGGUAGUCAUCGUCAAUGUCGAGGAAAUCAACCGCGCAGGGAGAAACAGUCGAACAAGUCGACCUCGGCAAAGGACGUCGACUCCUCUGUUGGCGGCAAAGGGCGGGACAACACGGAGGCGUCAUGCUUGCUGGUCAGCGUCGUGGAGCCGACCAUCUCGCUGGCGCGGGAGGCCGGCGAGGACUUCCAGGCAGUGGCAGCGGCUGUGCAGGCGAACUUGGCGGUAGUCCUGCUCGACAGCAGCUGCUCGCACCAUCUGAUGGGGACGAAGGAGGCCUUCAUCGACCUGCAGCCGAGCGGCGACGUCAAGCACGUGCACGGCUUCAAUGGGGCACUGCAGGAUCUGAAAGAGAAAGGCGUGAAGCUGCAGGAGGACGGCGACGGGAUGUCGCUCGUCUCGGUGGCGGGAGACGUCCUCGGUCGGGCGUCCUACACCGGCCAAGUCCUUUGCACCGACCUGCGUCCCUACUCAACGAGGUCGACGUCGCCCACGACGGAGGUCGUGGUUCUGCGGGCGAUUGUCUCGGCGACGACGUGGACGCCGGACAGGCUGCAUGCGAGGCUUGCACACGUAGGCAUGGACACCAUACAGAGCUCAGCGAAGCACGAGGUCGCUGCUAGGCUGGACCUCAAGUCAGCGUCGGGCGCUGACUCACCGUGUGUCUCGUGUGUUGGCGGGAAGCUGGCGUGGCACACCUUCCCCGACCAUGGCUCCGACGCCGACGACGUGCUGGCCGUCGUGCACAUCGACUUGUGCAAACCGUUUCGCAUGGCUGUCAAGGACGGGAGCCUGUACUUCUUAUUGCUGAAGGACCGCAAGACCCACUACGUAUGGGUGAGGUCGGUCUCGAAGAAGUCGGACGCGCUGCUGGAGUUCCAGAAGUGCCUGGUGUUGAUGGAGCGGCAGGCGAAGAAGUCGGCGCUGAUGCUUCGCUCUGGCCGAGGAGGGGAGUUUCUCGGCCGGGCUUUCACCGACUUCGUGGACGCCAAGGGGAUCGUCCACGACCUUACCUGCCCGUACACCCCACAGCAGAACGGCAUGGCGGAGCGGGAAAUGAGAACAGUGCGGACAAUGUUGCUGCACAUGGGCGUGCAGCACCACUGGUGGCACCUCGCUCUGCGGCAGGCCUUCCUUGUCCCCGAGCAGCAGCGUGGUGGGAAGCUGAAGCCGAAGGCCAGGUGGGGCCUUCACCUCCGCAUGUCGGAGGAGAGCAAGGUCUGGGAGCUCCUCGACAUGGCCGACAACCGGGUGGUCACCACGUCGGACAUGGUGUUCUACGAGGAUAUGUCGCUGGAGGUAUGGAAGUCGGAGCACGGGCCGGUGUCAGGACGGACGCCGACCACCCCGCCGACUUACACCUCGACGACGACCCUGCCUCUGCUCGCCAAGGACGGUGAGCUUGCUGCUGAGGACGCCGAGGUCGUCUGUCCUCCAUCCCCUUUCCCUCCCCCUACGACCCCUGCCCCUUCCCUCGUGGCCGACCUGCGCGGGCUGCCUCUUGUGUCGGCCUCCGGCGAUGAGGGGAGUAGUAGGCCGUCGCCUUCGGCACCGGCCAAGAGCAUCGCCGGUGGCUGA